CUCUCUCAUUUCAGCUAAACUCCACCAAUACCAUUGUCUUCUGCACUGUGGUUAGAGAGAGAAACAAGUUUCUAGAGAGAGAAAGAGAAUGAUGAGUAUCUUCUCCUUGAUUACUGGAAGGCCUGGUCCUAGUGGGUUCGGCUCAGCUUCCACUGCUGAACAAGUUACCAAUGGCAUUGAUGCUUCCAAUCUUACUGCUAUUGUCACUGGUGGUGCAAGUGGAAUAGGAUUUGAAACUGCAAGAGUAUUGGCUCUACGUAAAGCUCAUGUGAUCAUAGCUGCAAGAAACAUGAAUGCUGCAAACGAAGCAAAGCAACGAAUCCUUGACGAAAAUCAAGAUGCUCGUGUCGAUGUUCUCAAACUCGAUUUGGCAUCGAUUAAAUCCGUCAGAGAAUUUGCUCAUAACUUCAUUGCUCUUGAUCUAAAUCUUAACAUCUUAAUAAACAACGCUGGUAUUAUGUUCUGCCCCUAUCAGCUCACUGAAGAUGGUUUUGAGAUGCAGCUUUCUACAAAUCAUAUUGGUCAUUUCCUCUUGACAAAUCUUCUUCUUGAUAAAAUGAAAGAAACUGCAAGAAGUAGUGGUAUUGAAGGAAAGAUAGUGAAUUUGUCAUCAAUAGCUCACAUGCAUACUUACAGUGGUGGAAUUGCAUUUGAUAAUAUUAAUAACAAGAAGAGUUAUUCUGAUAAAAGGGCAUAUGGGCAAUCCAAGUUGGCAAAUAUACUACAUGCCAAAGAGCUCACUCGUCGUUUUCAGGAAGAGGGUGUAAACAUUACUGCUAAUGCAGUCCACCCAGGUAUAAUAAUGACGCCUCUCAUGAGACACUCGGCACUUCUAAUGAGAUUAUUUCAGAUUGUUAGCUAUCCCAUAUGGAAGAAUGUCCCUCAGGGAGCAGCCACAACAUGCUAUGCAGCACUGCAUCCAAGUCUGAAAGGAGUGAGUGGUAAAUAUUUUGUGGACUGCAAUGAGGUAACACCAAGCUCUUAUGCUAGAGAUGAAUUGCUCGCAACACAACUAUGGGACUUCAGCAACAAGCUCGUUAAUUCAGCUUCCAAAUCUUGAAACAAAUUCCAAACCAGUGUGCUUUUUUUAGAGUGAUUAAUUAUAUUCAAGCUCAUUUAAUUUUGUUCUUGCUUUAUGAUAGUAAACAGUGAAGUGUUGGUUCAAAUAUUAAUGUAAUGGAAUUUUAUCUAUCAAAGUUAGAAAUUAUAUAA